AAUCGCGCAACUGUCAGAUUGUGGUGUUAGCGGGGUAUAGAUACGGUAUCACGACGUGGACGUCCCAGAGGAGUUGGUUGGAGCGUCAUUGAGGAUCCAGGGCACUCGUGAUACUCUCGCUUUCACCCCGUCGCAAAUCAGAUAUUAAUCUGUGUGUGGCGGAAAGUGACGCGGAGAGGAAUCGUGUGCACAAGUUAACGCACGGCUGAUGCGUCUGUUUGGGGCUGGGACAGGUCACGACUGACGGACACGGAGAGAUGUCGUUUAAAAUCGGGCAGCGCGUCGAGGUCCCCGUGAAGGAGUGCCAAGGCGUGAUCGCCUACGUCGGCCACCCGGCAUUUGCGUCGGGGAAAUGGAUCGGCGUUAUACUGGACGAGCCGAAGGGGAAAAACAACGGCAGCGUUAAGGGCCAGGUGUAUUUCAAGUGUGCAGAGAAUCAUGGCAUGUUUGCGCGUCAAACACAGCUUAUACUGUUGGAUGAAGCUGGCAAUAGGACUGAGCCAGUCAGCCCUUCAUCCGUAGGUAGCAAUGCUACAACACCUGAUGAUAGUGCGGCUAGAGCCAGAAGUCGACUAAAUAGCAUUAGUAUGCGUCGGAGGAACGAGCCUACAGCUUCUCGAUUAUCUUUAUCUGGAAGUAGAACAUUAUUAAGUGCCCCAAGUACGGAAAGCCUAACUGGAUCAUCGCACGAACGUAGAGACGGCGGCGAGUCUUUAAUCCCAGCGCCAACUACAGCUUCGAAGCGUGCUUCAUUUGUUGAGAAGUCCCCUAGCACGAGCUCGCCUCCCGGCAAAAAGCCAAAGGCCCAAGAUGAUCAGAAUAAUACAGGUUUUGUAGAAACAUUGAAACCGCAAUUCGUACCUGGUCAGGUGAUGGCGGGUUCGGCAGCGGCCGCGAAUCUGGUAGAAGAAAAAUUGUCACACUUGCAACUCAUGCAAGAAAACGAUAACUUGAAGUCUCAGGUGCGUGAUCUUACUGAGAAAGUAGAAACGUUGCGUGUUAAACGAAUGCAAGAUAAAGAGAGAAUGAAAGAUUUCGAAAAAACGAAACUUCAAGUUGAACAGCUUGUUGAAUUUAAGGCCAAAGUCAUGGAGAGUCAAGCAAGCCUUCAAAGAGACCUUCAACGAGCUCGGCAAGAAACUAGAGAAGCUCACGCGGCAAGGGAACAAUAUCAAGAAGAAAUGUCUGAUCUUGCGGAAACAGUAGAAAUGGCUACAUUGGAUAAAGAAAUGGCAGAAGAGAAAGCUGAAACUCUUCAGAUUGAGUUAGAGCAACUCAAGGAAAAAUUAGAGGAACAAACACUAGAUCUAGAGAUAUUACGCACAGAAAUGUCUGAGCGGGCAGCUGGCGGUGGAUCGACUACGGGAGGUUCAAGCUACGAGGUGAAACAAUUGGAACUACAAAAUAACAGAUUGCGUGAAACGCUUGUGAAAAUGCGUGAUUUGUCGGCACACGAGAAACACGAAUUCCAAAAAUUGCAAAAGGAUAUGGAUCAAAAGAAAUCGGAAAUCUUGGAAUUGGGUCGCACGAAAGAGAAGUUGUCGACGCGGGUUGAAGAAAUGGAACAUCAAAUAGCGGAUCUACAGGAACAGGUCGAUGCGGCAUUAGGUGCUGAAGAAAUGGUCGAGAUGCUAGGCGAGAAGAAAAUGGCGUUGGAAGAAAAAGUGGCUGAACUGGAAGAGGCUGUUGCAGAUCUGGAAGCUCUGCAAGACAUGUCAGAUCAAUUGGCUGAAUCAUCCAAAGAAUUAGAGUUGGAGCUUCGUGAGGAAUUGGAUCUCGCACUUGGAGCAGCACGCGAUGCUCAACGGCACCGGGACGCCGCGCUGGAGACGUUGGCGGAUCGCGAAUUAACCAUCACAAAGUUCCGCGAACUCACACACCAAUUGCAGGAACAGUGUUUGCAGUUGCAACAACGAGUUCAGUCAACGGAGUCCACUAAGACUAACGUUCGAGGUACGGACCAACAACUUGCGGAAAUAUUAGACUUCCAGAAAACGUUCGCUGAAACCCGAGCGCAAACUAAGGCGGUCGAUCUCGAAUUGCGCCGCUUAGAUGCCGAGGAGGCACGAAAUCACGUGUCCUAUUUGCUAUCCUUCAUGCCUCCUGCAUUUUUGACUCGCGGUGGAGAUCACGAUGCGAUAUUGAUGCUCUUAUUAAUACCAAGAAUGACACAAAAGACGGAGAUAUUGAUCUCACAAGUUCGUGAAAAAUAUAGAUCGAUUGAAAAAAUAGACAGGACUUCUGUAGUGAGAGGUCACUCAGUAGCGCAGUAUUCAUUCAGAUCUCGUCUGUGCUCGCAUAUGUACGCCUUACAAACUACCCUGAGCUGUUUUGAGUCGGCUUUAAACUCGUGCAACUCGGAGAUGUUGCUUAAAGCGGGAGCGGCUUAUCCAGAAAUGGCGGCACAGGAAAAGUCCUUAGACUCAUUGAUAGAGCUGGCUAAGAGAGAUCAGUUAGACGAGAAUUUGCCGAUGGACGCGAUCGAAAAGUGCUGCGGAUACUUCGCUACAAUGUUCUCUGUGCUCUUCGGCGAAAGUAUGGCUGUCAAUCAAGCGCGUCUGAUCGUGAACGGCACAAGAACUCUGGGCAAUACGUGCGACGCCAUAGCUACUGACGCUGCGGCGAUUAAAGUAUUGAUACAAGGAGAAGGUGCUGAUAUAGGUAUGCUUUGUCAACAUGUCGAGACGACGUGCGAGGUGAUCCAGCAACAUUUGAAAUCUGCUAGAAGACGAGUACCACGUGAUCAUGCUGGUCCAGCGUUUUCUGUAGGCGCUAAUUUAGGAUUGGAUAAAGAUUGUAACGAACAAUUUUCGACGUGUUAUCAGCAUGGCGUAAAAAUUAUGAAGACACUUCAAUAUCUAUUGAAGAAUGCUUUGCAGGCUAUUAUCGAAAAUGGCGAUUUAGACACAGGGUUACCGGCUGAUAAAUUAAAGGAAAUGGCAGCGACGUCCAGUGAAAGGGUGUAUGAUACAGAAGACCUGGGUCCUGUGGCUACUAUCAAGGCCAGUUUAACGGUAAUACAACAGCUAGCAGCAAAUCUAGCACAGAAGAUGGCCGAGUGUGAAAAUGAAUUAGCCAUAAGCGGACAAACGCAGAGUCAACAGAAGUCUGUGGAGAGCGAUCAAAUAACGCCAAUUGUAGUUCGAGCAAAUGCUGUAAGGAAAGAGUCGGAAGAAACGAAAAUACUUAGCAGAAAACUCGAAACAAGAGACAGUGAUAUACGCGAGGCAAGAUUAGCCUUGCGGGAGAAGCAAGAAGAAUUGUCCGAGAUGAUGCUGCGGAAAGAGUUAGCCGAGAAGCGUCUUGCAACACAGCAGCAUGAACACGAGAUGAAUGUUGAGAAAUUGAAGAGAAAAUUAGAAGAGGCGCAGAAUCAGUUGAAACGCAAGGAAAAAGAAUUCGAGGAAACAAUGGAUCAUCUGCAAACCGAUAUUGAUAGCUUAGAAUCAGAGAAAGGGCAAUUGAAAGAAAAGCUGAAGUCAAUCGGAAAGAAAACGUUAACAGUGUCUGGUGCGGACAGCAUGACAGGAAGCACUUCGAUAACGAGUACUUUGGACAAUAAAUAUUACGUACAGGAAAUAAAUGCCCUCAAGCAAGCUUUGAAUAACGAGCAUCAGCAAAAAAAAAAGAUAAUGUGCGCUGUCUUGCGUCAAAAGUUAGAUAGCUUGGAACCGUUACCAUCACCGACGAAUCUCAAAUCUCUGGAUACGAAAAUUCAAGAAUUGCGAAAGAAGACUACCGAUCUCGUCAAAGAUGUCGAAAAGACUCUAGUGUAUCCGACAGUUCCUGAUUUGAGGCGCAAAGUGCCCGAAAUGUCUUAUCAUUACUUACUCGAACGACAGAGAAACAUUAUGCAAUUGAAGGAACGAGUUGACGAGUUAGUGGCUCAGGUACGUCGCGAGGCUAUCAAACGUACACCAGGUGGAAGAGCGGAAGCGAAUUUCGCUGUGUAUCCGAAUCGCGAGAUGGCAGCGGCGAUGCAAGAACAUAAAUUACUCGCCGCCGAAAUAAAGAUUCCCUACAAAGGUCCGGAACAGUCCUUUUCCGUUAAUGUAGGACCCCAAGAACUUAGGAAAAUUCACACUCUACUAUAUUAUUAAAAAUCCGUGUUGUUUUAUUAUUUCUCGUGACAAAGAAUGUGAUCAAAGAAUUCUCAAGAUAUAUCAUGCAAAAGAGACUAUCUUUUUCUAAUAAUUUUUUCACGGUAGCAAUAUUUUGUACUGUGUUGCCGUACCCCGCCAUGCUUUAUAAAAAAUAAAAAAAGAAACGAAUACAUAUUGUUACGAAUAACGGCAGCAUUAACUAGGCUUUUAUACAGAGAAUUUAUGUCAUAUCCUUGUAUUAAUGCGAAAAAGAUACAGGGCAUAGUAAUUCGUAAUUUGCACUUGUGCAACGUUUAUUUAUUUCCGAUGGACUACAGCGCGAUGACCGGUGCAUCGCAGCUGGGAGGCUCUUUUCAGUGUUCAUUAUGUUUGUAAGCACAAUGUUAUUUAGUAUUAACAAUGUGGAAGAAAAAUCAUGUGCCUCCGUGGCUUUUCUGUAUUAUAUAUAUAUAUAUGCCUUUAAGAAUUGUCAAAUAUAUGGUCUAAAAAUAUU